AUGGUGGAACAUCUGAGUGCGCCGCCAGUGCUGUCUACGCCUGCAUCGCAUAUUCUUAAUGACACCGAAGAUGUCCAUCCAGUCACCGACGUUUUGUCCGAUGAACAGAUUUGCGUUCGCUACGAAAUUCAGAGGACCAUUGCAGAGAUCAGACAGCAGCGAUGGCGGAGAGUCGCGUUACAGUUCCCAGACGAGAUGCUGUCGCACUCUGCGCGAGUCUAUCAGCUUCUCGCUCGUGGCCUCAAGCCGCCAGAUGUCCCUAACGGGCCCAAAACCUCCGAAGGCGUACCUGCUAACGAAAUCAACGGCUUGGCCGACUUGUCCUUGACAGACAAGGAUCUUGAACCGGUCAAGCUGACCAUACUUGCCGACACAUCAUAUGGGUCAUGCUGCGUGGAUGAGAUCGCUGCAGAGCAUGUGGAUGCGGACGCAAUUAUCCACUAUGGUCGCGCUUGCCUCUCGCCCACUGCGCGCCUGCCUGCACUGCAUAUCUUCACGAGGCGGGAUUUGGACCAUGAAGCUGCCCUAUCCGCAUUUCAGAAGGCGUUUCCAGACCAUGCAAUCAGAGUUAUCAUUACUGCCGACGUCCCGUACGAGUCACACGUCGCAAGUCUUGCGGCGUCGCUGGGAUCUCGUGGCUAUACGGCCAUCUUCGCAGCAUCAAUUCAGCAUGACCCUUCCUCAUCGAUACCGAAUCGGACUGUACCAGCCUCAGUUGCCUCUGACCCUUCUUCGUUGAGCUCGUGGCAUAUUUUUCAUAUCUCCGAUCCACCGACGUCCUUGCUUUUAACACUAACGUCCAGUGUUGCAAGCAUUUUUGUUUAUCCUACAAAUCGUGAAGCUAUGGUCUCUGAUUCUUCGGCAGCAUUACAGAGAUCGACAGGUCUGCUUCUCCGACGGCGAUACGCUUUGAUCACAUCGCUUGCAACAGUCUCGGUUUGGGGCAUCCUCAUCAACACACUAAGCGUCAAGAACUACCUGUCCAUGGUCGAAUAUGUCAAGCAGCAGAUCGCCAACGCAGGAAAGAAAUCGUAUUUGUUCGUCGUGGGAAAGAUCAAUGCUGCGAAGGUCGCCAAUUUCUCUGAGAUCGGAGGUUGGGUCGUCAUCGGCUGCUGGGAGAGCUCACUCAUUGACAGUAAAGACUUCUACAAGCCAAUCAUUACGCCGUUUGAAUUGGACUUGGCACUGCAGCCUGAUACUGGCAGAAUCUGGACUGGUCGUUGGAGGGCCGACUUCAGCAGCGUUAUGCAGGCUGCCGAGGACAAUGAAGCAAUGAUAGAGGCUGUCGAGACCGAGCACCCGGUAGAGGCCAACACUGGGUCCGAAGACGAAUCGGAGCCUCCUGAAUUCGAUCUACGGACCGGUCGCUAUGUUGCUAGAACAAGGCCGAUGGGCCAGCCGAAGGGAGUGCUUACAAAUGGCAAUGAUACAGCGCCUACGCCGACACAGGCUUUGACCAAAAGAUCGAAUGGCGAAGUGGUCUCCGUGAAUGGCAUUGCGUCGCCAGCAGCGGAUUUUCUGACCCGCAAUCGAACAUGGCGAGGACUAGAGAUCAAGUACGACCGGGACGAAGACGAUCAUGGAGGCUUGCUUGAAGAGGGCAGUACUGGAAUUGCGGCGGGAUAUAGCCUCGGAGACUCCGCCAAGAUCUGA